CUUUUUACUGUUCAUUGGUAACAUCAGCUUUGAGCCCCACCUUCUCUUCACACUUUACCGCUCUCAUCGUGUGGCGCGGGACCGCUGCGUCACGGUGACAUCACGGCGUCGCUGAGAUGACGAUGUCAGCGGUGUUGUAGUAAUGUGCGCGCUUGAGUUGCCGUUUCACAUCUCUGCGUAUCAGCCUUGGGUUUAAACCUUUCCAGCGCCGCCCUUCACGCAUGGAGUUGCGCACCCAGACGGUCCUGGCGAGUCUGGAGAUGUCGGAGGUGAAAAGCGACGGCGGAUCAUCGGAGGGCGACGAGGAUUACGAGAGUUUGCCCGCUCAUGCGUCCCUGGGCACGCACAUGACAGCGGGCGCCGUGGCCGGAGUGCUGGAGCACACAGUCAUGUACCCCGUGGAUUCAGUCAAGACACGUAUGCAGAGUUUACAGCCGGACCCAAAGGCUCAGUACCGUAGCGUGUACGGAGCGCUGAAGAGGAUUGCGCGGACCGAGGGCGUCCUUCGGCCCUUGAGGGGCCUCAAUAUCACUGUGCUGGGGGCCGGCCCCGCCCACGCACUCUAUUUCGCCUGCUACGAGCGAAUCAAGCGCAGCCUUAGUGACAUCAUACAGAAUGGUGGCAACAGCCACAUUGCUAACGGUGUGGCAGGAAGUGUUGCCACUGUCCUCCAUGAUGCAGUCAUGAACCCAGCAGAAGUGGUGAAGCAGAGGAUGCAGAUGUAUAACUCUCCAUACCGCAGCCUGUACGACUGUGUACUGACGAUCAGUCGCAAGGAAGGACUGGCUGCCUUUUACCGCAGCUACAGCACUCAGCUGACCAUGAACAUCCCCUUCCAGGCCGUUCACUUCAUCACUUAUGAAUUCAUGCAGGAACAUUUUAACCCAGAGCGCCAGUACCGGCCUGAAACGCACAUCCUGUCCGGAGCGGCGGCCGGAGCCGUGUCCGCUGCCGUCACCACUCCGUUAGACGUGUGUAAGACCUUGCUAAACACGCAGGAGAACGUGGCGCUCAGCUCUGCGCACGUUAGCGGACAUCUCUCCGGCAUGGUCAACGCGUUCAGGACGGUUUACCGGCUGGGUGGCGUGCCGGCGUUCUUUAAAGGCAUCCGAGCUCGGGUCAUUUAUCAGAUGCCGUCUACGGCCAUCGCCUGGUCCGUCUAUGAGUUCUUCAAGUACUUUUUGACCCAACACGAGCCGCACAUCCAGGAACUGGGGAGGGACUCUCACAAGGCCAGUUCCACAUGAGGUCCGUUCAGCCGAUCCAAAGAGUGAGUAUGAAGAUCAGCGGAUGUUGGAAGAGGCCUUUGGCUCGAGGGGGAAUGUAGAUACUCAUUUCAUAUGCAGUAGACACUCCAGCAGCUUCUUUGUUUGUCGCUAACCUAUUAAUUUAUUGGAAGGGUUUAAUGUUGUUACAAGAAUGUAUGGACGCUGCACACUACAGAACGUUUCUUGUAAACAUGACGGGAAUGGAAAGGUAAAGAUGUGUAGAUGUUUUGUUUGUAUUCUCACCCAUGUAACAUAUUUAUGAUUGAGUGUGAUGGCAUAUGGAUGCGCAUUUAUAUUUAUAUAUGCACUCAAACUGUCUUCUCAAUAUGGAAGGUUGUUUCUGCCGCUGAAUAAAAAUAAAAAAAGAUAAUUGCUACUUUUUUAUCUCAGUUCUCACUUCAUAACUUGUAAUUCUGACUGUGUAACACACAAUUGCAACUUUAUAUCAAGCAAUUCUAACUUUACAUCUCGCAAAUCUGACUUUAUAACACGCAAUUGCGACUUUAUAUCACGCAAUUCUGACGUCAGAAUUGUGAGAUGUAAACUCGCAAUUGCGAGAAAAAAUCUGAAUUGUGAGAUAAAGUAGCAAUUACCUUUUUUAUAUUUUAUUUAGUGGUGGAAACAAGCUUUUAGAUCUCAAUGAUAAAACAAACUCAUGAGGCCUUUUUUUAUUUUUAUUUUUUUAUUGGCUUUUCUGGACUUUCCCAUUUUUCAGGGGUUCAGGAGAGUUUUUAUUAUGUUUUUAUUUUAAUUAUUUUUAAUAAUUCAAGGCAUUUGACUCAAAAAAAAUUGCGGCUGUUAAGAAUGGAAGUACAUAGGUACUUUUCACAGCCCGAGUUUUCAGAGGUUUUGGCCACUACAAUUUUUACGACAUAAUGAACAAACAUUAUUUUCAUUCACAUUCAGUUAAAUGUCUCUCAUUCUGAAAAAAGUCCGUUUUCGUGUAUUUAGCUUAUCCAAAUGUGAUUUUACACUUAACAUUUUUAAGAUAGACUAUUUAAAUUUGAUUUCCAAAGAAUAAUUUGGAUACUAAUUGAAUCAAAUUGCCUGAUUUCAUCACACUAAAGCACUUCUGAAACAUGGUGUAUGGAUUCCUCUGCUAAUGUAUUCUAAAUCACUUUAGCAGUGGUAUUUGAAAGUUGAAAUGAAUGAGUUUUUUGUGUGAUAACAUUUUCUUUCGUUGUUUUAGGGCAUAACCGCCAUCAAUGUAUUUAUAUAUAUUUGUAUAUAAUUAUGAGACGUGACUAUGCAGUGGGUUCUGCGGCUUUGGAAGUUUUUCUGCUCGUAAGACCAUGCACUAAAGCUGCAGAAUCCCAAACCCAGAAUUGAAUUUUUAAUGAAUUACAUAGGAGGUUUUACAGCUGACAAUCUAUUUCAGUCUGGGACCAGGUUUAUUCUGUUUCUGAGCUGUUUGUGAAUAUUUUUUGUGUUCUGCCUCUGUAUGAAUCUCCAGAUUCAGUCACCCAUUCAGAAAAGAGCUUGCCUUGUUUGCCAGAAAUCGACCUUACUCAGAGUAGAUGGCAUAUUUCAUUUGUUACGAAUGGAAACAAGGUUGAAGUCAAGACAUUGAAGGUGUAGUUUCUGCAUAUCGGGCCUCCUCCGUGAAAUUCGAAAUUAAAGCUAUAUUUAAAGGGAUAGUUUAUCCAAAAAUGUACUCAUUUACUCAACCUCAUGUCAAUCCAAACCCAUAAGACUUUUGUUCAUCUUCGAAACACAAAUCAAGAUAUUUUUAACAAUCUCUCAUCCUUUUUGUCCAUCCAUUGAAAGUCCACACAAGCAACAUUUUCAGGCUUUAAAAACUUCAUUAAGACAUCAUCAAAGUAAUACAUAUGAAUCAAGAGGUUUAAUCCAAGAUAGGCUUUUAUUCACAUCUAAACACUGAACGCGCACACAUAGAGCACGUCAAAUAUGGUCAACGGAAGCUCAAACUAAUGAGGUUUGUUCCGUUUACCAUUGAUCAGAAGAUUUGGAUUAAAAUGCUUGAUUCAUAUGGAUGACUUUAAAGAUGUCUUUAUGAAAUUUUGGUUGUGGACUUUAAACGGAUGGACAAAAAAUGAAACUCUUGGGGGUUUAGAAUGACAUGUGGGUGAGGUAAAUGACAGAAUUUUCAUUUUUUGGGUAAACCAUUUAAAUUGACUUUCAGUCUGAAAUUGACCAUUUUCGUAAGGCUUUACUCAAAAAAAAAAAAAUUUCUUGAGUUUCUUGAAUGAAGCCCAAUAUGUCGGUUUUAUAGUUUUCGUUCCCAGCAAAUGACAUGCUCUUAAGGUCUGUGAGGGAUUUGCACUGGAAUCACGCACAAUAGUCAAGCGAGUGGAGGAAUAGAUUUGUAUUGUAUUUGUAAGAGUUGAUCGUUUUGACAACUCUGAUUUGAAUUUGAAUAUAUUUUAUUUGACUUUUAGCUCUUGAUUGAGAUGAUGCAUGUAUGCAGGACGUCCUGUUAUUGGAGCCACAGAUGAAACGCACACCAAAAGCAUCCUGCAGCCUUAGAUGUCACAGCGCCAGUGUUUUAUUGGCCUCUUCAUGUUAGCAUUCAUCAGCUAGCGUUCAUAAAAGGAUUCGCCGCAUCUCUGUAACCUGUGCAGAUUCCCAUCAGCGGACGGGACGGUGUGUGAGAGGGUUUCUGGUUUUACUAUGAGCUGACUGGUUCAGCUAGCUGUGUUCUGUGUGGUCUGUGCCUUUCCUGUGUCCCCUCUCUCUCACUUCCUGUUCCCUUGGACUUUUGUCCCCGGCCUUCUGUUUGUUUCAGCUCUGAAGGGUUGGACAUUCCAUAAUGUCGGUCCAAUGAGAUUUUUGUUUGUUUGCCUUUGAUUAAAUGCUUAUUGGUUUAGUGCUUCAGUUGCUUGUUUGUUUCCAGACCACUUUUUCAACUAGCAUCUAGAAACCAAAGAAAUUGACUCACUACAUUACCAUUACAGUAUAGCUUUAUAUAUAUAUAUAUAACUAACUAACUUAGACAUUUCAUUAGUCACCCUUUUAAUAUGUCGCAUUGGGGAACAAUGAUGUUAGCAUUUGAGGUGUUGAGAUUUAUAUAGAGAUAUGUUUAAGUUUUUUUUUUUUUUAGGAUGCGUAGUUGGUUCGUUACGACAGAUGAUGGAUGUGGUGAUAUUAGUCAUAAUGGGCCACACAAAGCAGAUCGCCUGUUUGGCCUUUUGUUUGAUUGACCAAGGACGAAUUUCCGUUAACCUUUGGCUCCAUGUUGUACGGUGGAAACCCCAUGGGUUUGUUUCCUCUGGGACCAGCAUUUUUGAAUGCUUCGUAUCUGUAAUUGCUCUGCAAAACUAGCUGUUUUAAAAUACACAUUGUAUUUGACUCAGUUUUGAAUCGUAUUUCAUUUUUCUCAUGUUAAAGGUUUUGCAUUUGGGUCGAAUAUUAACAACAUUCCGUUCGGUCUGUGUAUGUUGAUCUUGCCUGUCUUACUGAUGAUCAUCACUACAUACCAUGCUUUGAGAAAACAGAUGUAUUGAUGUCUUUUCCUGAUGUCUGCCACAUUAAAGAAGUGCUGCAGUAUUGCCGCUCUCAAUAUGCAACAUGAACACAUUCAUGUCUUGGCCGCUUUAUGCGCACAUUGUAGAAGAAGUGGGAGGAUUUUAAUAAAGAUAGUGCCAUCUAGUGUACGCAAGUUUUUUUUUUUUUGUUUUUUUUUUUGUUUGUUUUUUACUGCAAUGAAAAUGACAAAUGUAGACUCAAAAACUGAUUGGUGGAAAUGCUGCUACAGUUUGGAACACUGGAGCUGAAAUAAAAUGCACAAUGAUUAAAUGAUGUGUCUUUAUUCAGUAAAAUGAAGUUUGUACCAUUGUAUGAAUGUAUUAUGUUGAUUGUAAAGCUCAUUUUAUGACCUGUUAAUAAACAACAAAUAAAUUCAGAAAUACAAAAAUAUUAAUAA